AUGUCUAGGAUCAUCCAUCAUGCAUCUGCCUGCAAUGCUGCCGGUGAAGACGCCUCCAUCUUUCCGCCCAAGCCUGUCGAUUCAUCGUUUCACCCGCCCCAGAAAAACACGGCUUGCUCAUAUAUGAGUCAAAGCCUCUAUAGAUCGUGA